AUGUUCCCCAAAGCCCGCCCCAUCAUCACCAUCUCCCAGCCGACACAGGAAGCCGACCAUGAGGACCUCUCCCGCAGCUCAGAAACGAGGCGCGUCCUUGAAACUCUUCAACCCAACCCCAUCCCGCUGCACCAGACACUUGAGCCUGAGGUCAUGUCUGAUCACACUGGUAGCUCAUACGUCCCCCAUGUGUCUGGCGCUGCCAGCCAUCAAGAGGAGAGGAGUAAUGCCGCCUGCCACCCAUUUGAUCAUUGCAAAGACAACUCUGUAUACUUUGCCGUCCUUCUGCGGACACAUCUUGGCGACAUCAAGCAUAUCCUCGCCUGCUUAAUCGAGGGCAUAGAGGAGCACGUCUGGAUCAUAAUCGCCACCAUCAACAUCUCCGCCGUUCUUGAGUACAGGCACCCAAGCAGGAUACUAAGGAAGGCCUGCACGAUUUUCUCGGAGGACAUCAACGAUCCGGAGGUUGCGGCUGCGAUACACGUCAUGGUGAAGAAGGCGGCAGCUCUCAACGCUGACCUCCCACCUGCUUUCAAGUGCAUACUUAAGCUGAUCGUGACGUUCGCCAUGCUUUCGCAUGUCCUGAAGAAUCAGACCCGCAAGAAUUUGCAAAAUUCUAUGUUUUAUCCCUGUUCCCCUGAUCUUCCUUGCCACCCCAAGGCAGCCCCUGAGCACCUCCAGCAUGACAUUCCCUGGGUGGAGCCCGCUGCUUUCCACUUGUAG